GACACGAAACAGUCUGCAAGACAUCACUUUCAUAGGCGUCAUGAAUUUGGGCAUUAGUCACAGUCGCUCCGCCGUUCUAGCCUAUUUUCAGGUCCAAUAAACCUUCUGAAUAAAAUGUGGACAAUUCCGAAACCAAAAUAUAGAAACGCUUUGAGCGAAGAGGGGGAUAUCACUGUGAACAUCGGCGGAGUGAGAGUGGUGCUUUUCGGGGACGAUCUGAGGCGCUACCCGGAGAGCAGGCUGGCGGAGCUGUCCAGCUGCUCAGCUCAGAACUCAGAACUUAUCUCCACCCUCUGCGAUGACUUUGACCCGCUCAGAGGAGAGUUUUACUUUGAUCGGGAUCCUGACUCCUUCAAGUGCAUCAUCGAUGUUUAUUACUUCGAUGAAAUCCACAUAAAAACCGGGAUUUGUCCCAUAUGCUUUAUCAAGGAGAUGGAGUUCUGGAAGAUAGACCAGAGCGUUUUGGAUGAGUGCUGCAAAAGUUAUCUGAGUGAGAAGGAGGAAGAGCUGAACGAGAUUGCGAGCAAAGUGAAAGCUAUUUUAGAAGAUCUGGAUAUGGAUCAAUGCAUCACUCGCACCCAGAGGUACCAGAGGUCCCUGUGGAGACUGAUGGAAAAGCCGGAUUCCUCCCUGCCGGCGCGCUUCAUCGCUAUCACCUCCUUUCUCUCCAUCCUUGUGUCAGCGGUGGUGAUGUGUGUGAGCACCAUCCCGGAGCUGCAGGUGGCCAACGCGGAGGGGAAACUGGUUGAACACCCGACCAUGGAGGCGAUCGAGACCGUGUGCAUGCUGUGGUUCACGGUGGAGUUCGUGCUGCGCCUCGUUUCCUCUCCCAACAAAUGGCGCUUUGCGCUCUCCAUAAUGAACAUCAUAGACUUCAUGGUGAUUAUGCCUUUUUACGUUGUUCUGUCCCUCACUUUGCUCGGUACCACGUCCAUGAUGGAGCUGGUGAACGUUCAACAGGCUGUCCAGGCGUUGCGCAUCAUGCGCAUCGCGCGUAUUUUCAAGCUGGCGCGCCACUCCUCUGGGCUGCAGACCCUGACCUAUGCGCUGAAGAGGAGCCUGAAGGAGCUGGGGCUGCUCCUCAUGUACAUGGGUGUGGGGAUCUUUGUGUUCUCCGCUCUGGCCUACACUUUGGAGCAAAGCCACCCGGAAACGCUCUUUAGGAGCAUCCCUCAGUCUUUCUGGUGGGCCAUCAUCACCAUGACCACGGUGGGUUACGGAGACAUCUACCCCAAAACCCCUCUGGGGAAAUGCAACGCGGCGGUCAGCUUUCUGUGCGGGGUGAUCGCCAUCGCUCUGCCCAUCCACCCGAUCAUCAACAACUUUGUUGUCUUCUACAACAAGCAGAAAGUGCUGGAGACUGCCGCAAAGCACGAGGUGGAGCUGAUGGAGCUGAAGUCCGACGAGGAGGCGCGCAAAAAAAGUCAAGAAUGAAAAACAUCAAAACCAAAAAGAUCACUGAAAACCCUUUUUUCCAGCAUCAGAGUGAACAGAUUAUAACGCGGUUAUAAAGGGAAUAUCAGGCUGCUAUAGCGCUGUCACUGUUGUCUUUUCCUUGCAUGUUUUGUCUUCUAUGUGAUGUGCUGAUUUUGUAAAGGCAUUAAUAAAACAUAUAGGACUCUCGGUUAAGUUCAAAAUAAAAACACAAACCCCCUCUUCUGUUUCUGUAAAUAAAAAAAUAAAAAAAUGAAGAAUUAAAAUCUUUUAGUUAAUAUGAACCAAAACGCAUUAAACUGCUAAAAAUAGUCCUUUUCCUGCAAGGUUUCUAAGAUAAUUAUCAUUCAGAUUGGUCCUCUGUGAAUUCCCCAAAAAUGAGUUCAGAGACAAUCAGGCAAAGCUGAAUCAUUAAGCCCAUAUGGUUUAUUAACUAAUUAUAAAAUUAUGCCUAACAAUACAUUUAUCACAAGCAUAAAUGGAAGCAAUCAUCUUAUUUUCUUUCAAAAACAAAUAUGAGAAAGAUUGUUAAAAGAUUUUUAUAUUCUUUCACAUCCAACGCCAAAGUUUAUAACAAAUAUUAAACAGUAUAGCUGCUGUAGUCAAACUGACACUUAUUGGGGCUUCUUUCAAAGAUAAAACCGGUAUUGCAACAUUUUGAAAUGUUUCCCCUCUCCCUUUAAACUGUGAAUUUAAAUCCAAACCCAUAUAAAGGACAGCAAUAUGGGCAUGCUAAUCUGUAGAAGUAUAAAGUUUAUAUAAAUUAAAAAAGAAGAACAGAAAAAGGACUGUUAGUUUGGUGCAAAAAAGAAGGUCCUUGUUUCAAGGUCCUGUUUACUUGGUUAUUUUAAUGUACCCCGAGUAGGAGUGCAAUGUGUGGCCAAGUGUUUUAUUACCCUGUGGGGAAAUUUUUCCAUAAAGAAUUUACAUUUUGGCCACUUAUAGGUACUUGUGGGGACAAACAAGUGGUGCCCAUAACACCAGUUCUGUCGCUGGGGUGGGGGGUAGGUUUACCUAAGAUGGGAAUUAAGUUCAAGUUAAACUUAGUGUUAGGUAAUAGUUAGGGUUAGGUCAUAGAAAUAAAAUUAGAAGUCAAUGAGAAAGUCCCCACAAUGACAGUUUAGCGAGUGUGUGUGUGUGGAGGGACGUGUCCCUCUGGUAUGAAUAGGUUAGCAAAAUGUAAGGUAAAUACAUAAAAGCAGAAUAGAAGUGAAACAUCAACAGGGCGUCUUUCGCCAUAUAGUGUUUAAUUGUACAGAAAGGUAAACCACUGCUACAUUCACUGUAAAGAUUGGUUACUUUGCUGCAUUCAAACAGACAGUGAUUAACGAUUCUUCAUUUAUGACCUAAUAUUCCUACUCAUUCAUUAUCUCUACUCUGUUCAAUAUUUAAUUUGCCGGAGUUUUCUGCACAUUUUUAGGGAAUUGACACGCUUAACCUGAUAUGGGGAAAAAACCUCAAAAGAAUAAUUAAGUUUGAUUAAUUUAGUUUGAUUGUACAGCCAAGUUAAGAUAAAAGAGUUAGCAUUAGCAAUAGUCCAGAGGACAUACAGCAUAUAAAGAGGGUUAGGCGGCUGCAUAAACCUGUCUGGGGAGACUUGUUGCUGAAGCCUUAAGAAAAUGGACUCAAAUAAUCUAAAA